GCUGUCUUUGGAGGCAGAGUCUCAACUUCCAUAUGGUCUGCCAGCACAGACAGGCCUCCCACAAUACUGUGCAUUUCACUUCCUCCAGCUCCCAGCUGGAAGAUUGAAAACAGACAGAGGGAAAUAGAAAGCGGAGUGAAAGAGAGCAAUCGAGACAAAGCAAGGGACUGAAAAGUGGGAGAGAUGGACGGAGUGGGAAGGGGAGAGGGACUGUCAUCUCCUCCAUGUGCUCCGGGAAUGCAGGGUUAGAUGUGCCACGAUUCCUGGCGUUUGGGAAAGUGAAAGAGCAGAUUAUUGAACAGAGGCGGACUCUGAGUGGAUUUCAGAAACUGGGACAGGGUGCUCUGAGUGAGGGGAGGGCAGCCCCCACUCAGAUAGCGACAGGGGAUAGAGUAAGGCUGCCCUGAGACAUGGCCGGCUCUGGGGACUGGGCACACGAGUGGAGCCGGAUUGAGAGCACUAUCCGCGGGAGUUUCCGCCAGCUCCGGGAGAGGUACCUGCGGAGACCCAGGGCUCGGAAUGAGGAGCAAGCCCUUUCCCAGGGAGAAUCGGAGCAGGGGACUGGGAACACCCUGAACAAGCUGCCGGUGGAGAUACAGAUGUACAUCAUGGGCUUACUAUCUCCCCAGGAUCUCUGCCAGCUCGGAUGUGUCAGUCGCUACUGGAAUGCCAUGGUUCAUGACCCCCUUUUGUGGUGUUACUUCCUGUUGCGUGAUCUCCCUCACUGGGGCUCUGUUGACCAUCUCUCAUUGCCGGACGCAGCAUUACUGAAUAAAUCACUGACCGAAAACACGGAGCAUGACUACAUGACAGUGUAUUUAAUGAGCUGCCCUGAGGGCAGAAAGCACAGGAGAGUGAGCCCCAGCGCCUAUAGCUCAGUUACCUCCUUGUUGUACUCACUGGUCUCUCAGACAGAGCCACGGUUUGCCAUGUUCGGGCCUGGCUUGGAGCAACUUGACGUCUCACUGGUCACGAAGAUGAUGAACUCACCGGAAAUGCUGCCUGUCGUCAGUCCACCACAGCGACAGAUUGAUGGAAUUGGAUCUGGAAUCACCUUCUUAUUCAAAAAUGAAUAUAAAUUUAACAUUCUGACUUUAUAUUCAACAACCUGGAAGGAACGAGAAAGUGCGAGACUCGAAGAGAAUGUAGCUGUCAACAGACUCUUUGUGGAACAGCGAGGUGCAGAAGGAAAGCAGGGUGAGGCAGCGAGAGCAGCUUACUGCAUCAUCCCUCAGGUCCAGAAUGUCUGCAGUGUGGUCAACGGCUUCAUCUACGUGACAAAUGCUGAAGGCAGGAGAAGGCAUGACCGAGAGCAGGAAGUGCUCCAGAUUCAGGCCAUGAUUGAUCCAAGCCUGGGUGCUCGAAGCCGCCCCCUCCUGGUCUUGUGCUGUACUUCACAGCCUGGUGUGCAACGGAUACCAUGUGUUUAUGUGGCUCACCAGUUACAGUUGGGCCAGCUGGACCGAGCCUGGCUGGCCCAUGAUACAGAUGCAUUUUCGCUUAACGGCUUUCUUGACAGCAUUGAAUGGAUUCUGCGGGAAGUUGGCACCUUGUGAUCCACUGCAGCUGGGAGCAAGAUGCAUCCUUCAGGAAUGACAUUAUAUCCCAACAGCUUGGUGAACCCAAACACGCAUUUCCAACAGGAGAACUUACACAUGACCGUGCAUUGUUGCCCAAGGAGGUGAAUUCCUCUGAUCUCCUGGUUAAUCAGUUACUUUUGUCUUUCUGCUAAUUCCCACACUCUGCUGUAUCAGAUGGUUGUGUGGAUAAACAUUUGAGUGGGAGUUUUGCUGUGUUGAGCAGUAUUGAUUGGCUGGAUGGUAUGAAUAAAAAGCAUUAUGUGCCAUUAAUGGGGAGGUGAUGGCCAGUGGUGUUAUUGCUGGAAUGUUAAUCCAGAGACCCAGAUAACAUUUAGGGGACCCAGGUUUGAAUCCCGCCAUGGCGGAAGAUGGAAUUUGAAUUCAAUAAAUACCUGGAGUUAGGAAUCUAAUGAUGACCGUGAAUCCAUUGUUGAUUGUUGGAAAACCCCAUCUGGUUCACUAAUGCCCUUUAGGGAAAGAAACUGCCAUCCUUACCUGGUCUGGCUGACACAUGACACCAAACCCACAGCAAUGUGGUUGACUCUGAACUGCCUUCUGGGUAAUUAGGGAAGGGCAUUAAAUGUUGCCUAGCCAGUGACGCCCUCAUCCCGUGAAUGAAUAAAGUAAAAACAUAGACAGCCUGUUAAUUAAUGGCCUGAUUCUUGCCUCCCUACAUGAUGGAGGAGUUUGGGAAGGCACCUCACAAUGUGUCCAUAAGACCAUAAGACAUAGGAGUGGAAGUAAGGCCAUUCAGCCCAUCAGGCCAACUCCGCCAUUUAAAUCAUGGCUGAUGGGCAUUUCAACACCACUUCCCUGCACUCUCCCCAUAGCCCUUGAUUCCUUCUGAGAUCAAGAAUUUGUCGAUCUCUGCCUUGAACACAUCCAACGUUCCAGCCUCCACUGCACUCCGUGGCAAUGAAUUCCACAAGCCCACCACUCUCUGGCUGAAGAAAUGUCAUCUCAUUUCAGUUUUAAAUUUACCCCCUCUAAUUUUAAGGCUGUGCCUGCAGGUCCUAGUCUCCCCGCCUAACAGAAACAACUUCCUAGCAUCCACCCCUUCUAAACCAUACAUUAUCUUGUAAGUUUCUAUUAGAUCUCCCCUCAACCUUCUAAACUCCAAUGAGUACAAUCCCAGGAUCUUUAGCCGUUCAUCAUACACGAAACCUAUCAUUCCAGGGAUCAUCCGUGUGAAUCUCCGCUGGACACGCUCCAGGGCUAGUAUGUCCUUCCUGAGGUGUGGGGCCCAAAAUUGGACACAAUAUUCUAAAUGGGGCCUAACUAAACCGUUAUAAAGCCUCAGAAGCACAUCGCUGCUUUUAUAUUCCAACCCUCUUGAGAUAAACGACAACAUUACAUUCGCUUUCUUAAUUACGGACACUACCUGCAAGUUAACCUUUAGAGAAUCCUGGACCAACACUCCCAGAUCCCUUUGCACUUGUGAUUUGCAAAUUUUCUCACCAUUUAGAAAAUAGUCCAUGCCUGUAUUCUUUUUUCCAAAGUGCAAAACCUCACAUUUACUCACAUUGAAUUUCAUCAGCCAUUUCCUGAACCACUCUCCUAAACUGUCUAAAUAUUUCUGCAGCUUCCCCACCUCCUCAGUACUACCUGCCUGUCCACCUAUCUUUGUAUCAUCGGCAAACUUCCCCAGAAUGCCCCCAGUCCCUUCAUCCAGAUCAUUAAUAUAUAAAGUGAACAGCUGCGGGCCCAACACUGAACCCUGUGGGACACCACUUGUCACCGGUUGCCAUUCUGAGAAAGAGGCCUUUAUCCCAACUCUCUGCCUUCUGUCAGACAGCCAAUCCUCAAUCCAAGCCAGUAGCUCACCUCGAACACCAUGGGCCCUCACCUUGCUCAGCAGCCUCCUGUGAAGCACCGUAUCAAAGGCCUUUUGGAAGUCUAGAUGGAUAACAUCUACUGGGUUUCCCUGGUCUAAUAUACUUGUUACCUCUUCACAGAAUUCAAAUGUCACAUUUCAGAAGGGUGUAUUUAACAUGGCCUCAGGAGAGUGCCUGAGACCUUAGCCCAGGUGCAGUAAGGAAAAAGUCAUAAACUCGGAAAAAGGCACAAUAUUGUAACCAUGUGUAGAGCCGGAUGAACACAGCAGGCCAAACAGCAUCAGAGAAGCAGGAAAGCUGACGUUUCGGUGGUUCCCCUUUCUGUACAAGAUCUGUUUGCACAGUUGGUAGAUCACUGCCUCUGAGCCAGAAACAUGAGGUUCGAGUCCCACUCCAGGCUGAAUUUCUGCAGUGUGCCUUGUAGAUGGUACGCACUGCUCCUCUGAGUGUCAGUGGUGGUGGGAGUGAAUGCAUGUGGAUGUGGAGAAGGCUGCUUUGUCCUGGAUGGGGUCAAGCUGCUUGAGUGUUGUUGGGGCUGCACCCAUCCCAGGGCAAGUGGGGAGUAUUCUGUCACACUCCUAACUUGUGCCUUGUAGAUGGUGGACAGGCUUUGGGAAGUCAGGUGUUGAGUUACUUGCUGCAGGAUUCAUAGCGUCUGACCUGCUGUUGUAACCAGUGUUUUUAUAUGGUGAGUCCAGUUGAGUUUCUGGUCAGUGGUAACCACCAGGAUGGUGAUUUAAUAAUGAUAAUACCAUUGAAUGUCAAAGGGCGGUGGUUAGAUUGUCUCUCAUUGGAGAUGGUCAUUGCCUGGCAUUUGUGUGGCAUGAAUGGUACUUGCUACUUGUCAGCCCAAACCUGGAUAUUGUCCAGGUCCUAUUGCAGUUGGACAAGGACCAAUUCAGUGUCUGAAAAUUUACAACUCUUUAAGUUCAGAAAAUGUCUGAAUCAUCCAAAAUCUUCCAGUAUUUCCCAGCCAGUCUUUCAACAUAAGUACGUAUUCUGAAUAAUUCAGGCAACAUAUCUUCAUUCUGAAUGUUUAAUGGGAAAUCUUACUUGGGCUGAUAAGAAUGAUUCCAAAAAAGGAGCCCAAUAUAAAAACACAAGGGACCAAAUGGUGGCUUCAAACAGUCCUAUAAGACCAAAGGCAAGUCUUGCUGUGAGUGUGAGCAAGGAGGUAAGAUUGAAGGAGUUGGACUGUUCUCUUUGGACAGAGGAGGCUGACAGGGGAUCUGACAGAGGUUUUCAAAAUCAUGAACAGGGGCUGGAUAUGGUCAAUAGGGAGAAGCUGCUCUAGCUCGUAAGAGGAUUGAGAACAAGAGGGAGGGGAUAGAUUUAAAGUGAUGUGCAAAUAAAGCAAGGAUGGCAUGAGAGAACACUUUUUCCUACACUGACUAGUGAGGAUCUGGAAUGCACUGCCUGGAAGUGUGGGGAAGGCAGGUUUGACUGGAUAUUGGGUGAUCGUUUGAAUCAAAAUCGUGUUGCAGGAAUACAGGGAAAAGACAGAAGACUGGCAUGAAAUGCUAAAAUCAGUGAAGGUAGGAUUAGCUGAAAGAUCUCCUUUUGCAAUUAGGAUCAGAAUCAAUACUUGAGAGGUCCAUUCAAAAGUCUGAUAACAGCUGGGAAGGAGUUGAUUUUGACUGAUUUGAUUUAUUGUGGCCACAUGUUCGUAAUUACGGUGAAAUGUUUUUUUGCGAACAGUACAGGCAAACAAGGAUAUACAGAUCAUAGGAUGCUUCAGCUGAGUGAGGCAUACAAGGUUGCACUGUACAGGAGGUGCACAAAGCAAGAUCAACAUUAUUUGAAAUUAGAGAGGCCCAUUCAGCAGGGAAGACGCUGCUUCUAUACCUGUUCAUACAUCUAUUCAAACUUUUAUGCCUUCUGCCUGAUAGAGGAACUUGGAAGAGAGUAUAACAAGGUUAAGGAUCCCUGUUAUAACACCUUUUCAAUCUGGCAGUAUGACCGACUCAAUGGCUCUUGUUUUUGGAGUCAUCACUACGUCAUUCACAUUGUUGUCCAUACAUCAGUUCAGAAGGACAAAAUCCCAUGGACUCAUUCAGCAAAAGCUACUUUGAAUCUGAAAAAAAAGUGAUAUAUGCCUCAGCAUUUGUUGUAAAAUAUGAUUUUUAAUGAACAAUUCAGUGACAUUUAUAAUAUUGAACAAGUCACCUUGUGCCUCUUGCAAACUAGUGACAACAUCUAGGGACGGAAGAAUGAGGAGCAACUUUCUGAUCAGCACUUGAACCAUGUUUUUGACAAAUUUGUAAGCCUCUUCACUUAAUAUUGACCUUGAUUUAUUAGUCAGGAAUGCAACACUUAUUGGUUGUAUGCUGGUUGUUUAAAUAUUACUUAUUACCUGUUCACCGUCGCACCUUUGAAUGCAGUUUACCAUUCCACCAGAGCCAAUGUGCCCCUCAUGACAUUGUGGUUUCCUUUGUUUAGAUUUUCCAGUUGUUGGACGUUUGAUGCCACUUUUUCAGUUUGUGUGUGGACUUUGAUCUUGAUCUUGACCUCACUGUUCUUGUGGAUGAUGCUUCUGAGUUUGAGAAAAUGAUUGACGUCCUCAGUGCUGAUUUCCCAGUUAUGAAUGUUGCCAUCCAGUCAUUAUUUUUCUGAUCUAAUUAAUUGGGAAUAUCCAUUCAAAUCCCAAAAAUGCAGCUGGCAGAAUUUAAACUCAAUAAAAAUUGGACAUUGAAAGCUGCUAUCAGUAAUGGAGACAAUGAGGCUAUCAUUCUGCCUGGAAGUGUUUUGGAGGCAGAUUCAAGAGAGCAUUGAAUGUUUCUGUUUGAAUAAACUAAUGUGGGGUGUUAUGUGCAGGAGGCAGGAGAUUGGCUCUAAGUCAGUAUGCUCAGAGAGACAGUGCAGACAUGUUGGACCGAAUGGUUUAUUUUGGAAAGACAAACAGAUUUAACGGGAAUAUUCUUGGCAGUGUGGAGGAGCAGAGGGAUCUUGGGGUUCAUGUUCACAGAAAGCUGCCACCCAGGUGGAUAGAGUUGUUAAGAAGGUGUAUGUUGUAUUAGCUUCCAUUAAUAGAAGAAUCGAGUUCAAGAGCCAAGAAGUUAUGCUCCAGCUAUACAACAGCUUGGUUCAGCCACAUCUGGAUUUUUAUGUCCAAUUCUGGUCGCCUCAUUAUAGGAAAGAAGAGGAAGUGUUGGAAAAGAUGCAGAGGAGAUUUACCAGGAUAUUGCCUGGAAUAGAGGGAAGGCCUUACAAGGAAAGGUGAGAGAGCUAGGGCUUUUCUUUUUAGAACAUCCAAGGAUGAGAGGUGACUUGAUAGAGAUAUGCAAAAUGAUCAGAAGUAUAGAUAGAGUGGACAGCCAGAGACUUUUUUCUAGGGUGGAGGUAGCUAUUACAAGGGGGCAUAGUUUUAAAGUGAGUGGAGUUUAGAUACAGGGGAGACGUCAGAGGUAGGUUCUUUACUCAGAGAGUGGCCGGGGCGUGGAAUGCAUUUGCUGGAGAUUGUAGUGGAGCCGGCCUCAUUAGGGGCAUUUAAGCAGCUAUCAGAUAGGCAUGUGGAUGAUAGUAUAAGGUAGGGGUGGAGGUUAGACAGAUCUUAGGUUUAGGGUAAAAGUUCAGCACAACAUCGUGGGCCAAAGGGCCUGUACUGUGCUGUACUGUUCUAUGUUUACUUCUGCGCCAUAGCAAAAAAUAUUACAGUACAGGAUCUGGCCCUUUGGCCCACCAAGACUGUGCUGACACAUGACGCCUUUCGAAACUAAACAUUUUGCCUCUAAGCGGUCCAUAUCCCUCUAGUCCCUGUAUCUGUCAAGAUGCCCCUUAAGGAUUGUUAUUGCAUCUGCCUCCUCCACCUUUUCUGGCAGCACAUUCCAGGCACUUACCACGCUCUGUUUAAAAUAAAAACCUGUGUCUCACAUAUUCUUUAAAUUUACCCCUUUUCAUUUAAACAUAUGCCCUAUGUCUCCCAGUAAUUGACAUUUUUACCCUGGGACAAACACUCCGACGAUCCAUUCCAUCCAUGCCUCUCAUAAUUUGUAAUCUUCUAUCAGGUCAGCCCUUAGCCUUUGAUGUGAAAAGUAACAAUUUUGUGAAUUCUAUGUGGCCAAGUUAACUUGUUUCAAAAACAGAACAAUGAGUUAUUUCAUAAUUACAGUGGCGAGUGAGGAGAAUUUAAAUGACAAGAUGACAAAACAAAGCACAACUUCCAAACAGGAGAAUGUUUUCAAAAGAUAUUGAUUGCAUGUUAUAACCAUGUCAUGCCACAUGAUGGUGAUGACAGAUUUAAUAAUGCAGUUGGAUUUAAGUAAAAUCCACUGACGAACAAACAGACUAUGUCUCCUUAGCAACUAAAUAGUGACCAGGUUGAACUAAAUGACGUCCAAAUCCACACCAUUUUCCCAAUGGAUUUAUUGAAUUGUUUGGAGUAAGGUUAAGCGCAGCUGUCAGUGGUUUGUCCAUGUUUCACACUGCCCAUGGAUGUCUCACAGACAUGAGCCACAAUGUUUAAUGCAUGUGCAGGUGCCAGUAAAAAGAGAUUAUGAAUUAAUUCACAAUAUGUGCAGUUUCAGAUCGCUGCCGGUGUUGGUCCAAACCGGUUAAUACAAGAUCAGAGAAACCAGGUUCUCAGGCACAGCUCUUGCCGUGCAUGAGUGAGGGCAAAUGCAGAUAACACUGUGGUUGCUGUAAAGAUAAAAGUGUAUUUCAUCAGUGAUAUAAGAUCACAUGACCACCAGAAUAAUUAUUUAGUAAUUCAGAAUGUAAAUAUUGCUAAAAGGAAACACAAGGUCAAAGUUUAUCAGCAUCAGGACUGAGAUGCAAGAAAGUUAGAAAGGGAACACCAAUGGCUCACAUAAAUCACAAUGGAAGCUCAUCUGAUACAGUUGGAUUGGUUUCCGUAUAAUUCUCAGCACAGUCAGGACUAUUUAGCAAAUGUCAAUCAAAGCAGAAUCACGUUUAAUUUUCGGCUUGGUACUCUGAGGUUUGAAAAUGGUAAUAAACAUUGUCAACAUGCUGCCCAUUGCAGACAAUCAGAGGGAUGUGCUUUUUGAAACAGACCACCAGGUAUCGGAUGUUAGAGCUCUGUACCCCCAGGUAGUGUUGCCGUGGGAUCCCUGCAGGCACAACUCUGGCAAACAUCUUCACCGGUUGCUGUGAGAAGCACGUUUUCAAUGGAAAAACCACUGACCUGCUGCCCCUUGCAUUCUUCUGAAAUGUAUAAUCUGGACUUUUAGCAACGUUUACCUGAAUUACUAAUUUUUACAGAAAGGUGUUAUGUAAUGUCUUGCCCUGAAUAUCGUUGGAAGACAAUGUUCAGUGAAAGAUAAAUGUUUUCCGACAGCCUAGUUACCCGCAGUCUGUAUUGACCAUAAUCUUGGACAUAACUAGAUGACAAUUAUAGACAAUGAAAACAGUCUCUGAACUAAUAGACUCUAAGAUGAUAGUCAUAACAGGUGAGAUCAUUCAGCCCAUGGAGCCUACUGUAUCAUUCAAUAAACCUUGAUGUUAUUGCUUACCUGAACAGACUUGAGGGGCUGAAUGGCUUCCUUCUGCUCCUAUGUCUUAUGAUCUUAUGGAUGGGGUCAUGGCAGAUCUGAUUCUAGCCUCAAUUCCACUUUAUCACCUCAGUCAAGUACAGCAUCUGUUUAACACAGAGUGCAGAUGAGCUCUGGUUUGUGAAUGGGUUACAUUCUGAACUCUGGUCGUAAGUUGAUUUGUUUGCAAUUAGUAACACAAUCCAGGACAAUAUAAAAUAGCCAUUUGUAAGCACAGGGGAUACUGUGAUGCUUUCUCAUUGUCUUUUGCAGAAUGGCUGACUGGGAGACUCCACUCUCCCUGCCUACCAGGGAAAAACUGGAAGUUUUACAAGCUGCGGAUCAGCUGGCUAGGUCAUGUCAGCAAGGUGUUUGACUUGAACCCAGAGCCUCUGGUCUAGAGAUAGAGACACUGCACUGCAAAGAUGUCCUGUCAUUAAAUAGGGAAAGGAUUGACAACAGUCAGAACAAUUUUACAACUCUCUUCUCCAUUUAAAGGAAUUUUCAGCAUUUCCUUUGUUUAAUCAGAAACUCCUAAAAAUGACUGAUAAUCAAUGCAGAUUGCUAAAUGCCUUUAAAAAGUCAUCAACAAGUUAACUUAAAUAACCUGGUUACAUUCACAGAGUAGUUGUUAAUAAAACAUAUCUGAGCAAUUCUCAUAAGAUAUCUGCUUUGGAAUACAAAAUGUGAGCAAUUGAGUCCAAUGUUGUAACAAUGACAGAUUACACAGUUCACCUGACAACUGUGUAGCUAUCAGGUGGCCUUUGAGAGUCUUACAAUAAUGAGUUUUAUCAGAUUACUGUACUAUAUUUUGAGACUGUUGGUUUAACAGAGUAGGGCAUUCAGCCCAUCAAGCACACCAUUCUAUAUGAUCAUGGCUGAUGUCGCCACACCUUCCUGGAGUGGGAAUGUGGAAUAAGUGCAGAUAAGUUGUGUAUUUUUUGGGGGUACAAACUUGAUGGGUUGAAGGGCUUCUACUGUAAUUCUGUGAUCCUAUCAUUAUAAUCAUGUCCACCACUGGUAAUAAAUAAUCUAUAAAUCUCUGCUAAACAAA